AGGUUUGAACGGUCAGCAGCAGGGAGCAAAUGCCUCGAAUGGCAAUGGGGUGGCGCCCGCAACUCCCGCUGCUACUCCUGGUGCCAACGCGCCAGGAAGCGGCAUUGUGCCUACGUUGCAAAACAUUGUCGCCACGGUCAACCUUGACUGUCGCCUGGACCUGAAGACGAUCGCGCUCCACGCAAGAAAUGCGGAGUACAACCCAAAGGUAUUACUUUCCACAUCCUCCUGAGCUUGGCACGUCAGGGGACAUUGUGGCUGAAUUGGUCUUUUCUUCUCUUCCCAUAGCGUUUCGCGGCCGUGAUCAUGCGUAUCCGAGAGCCGAAGACGACUGCUUUAAUCUUCGCCUCCGGCAAGAUGGUGGUAACUGGUGCCAAGUCGGAAGAUGAUUCCAAGCUGGCGUCCAGAAAAUACGCCCGUAUCAUCCAGAAGCUCGGCUUCAACGCCAAGUUCACGGAUUUCAAAAUCCAGAACAUUGUCGGUUCCUGCGACAUCAAGUUCCCGAUCCGCUUGGAGGGCUUGGCUAGUCGCCACCACAACUUCAGUUCUUACGAACCCGAAUUGUUCCCUGGUCUCAUCUAUCGCAUGAUGAAGCCCAAGAUCGUGCUCCUGAUCUUCGUCAGUGGCAAGAUUGUCCUCACCGGUGCUAAAGUCCGUGAGGAGAUCUAUCAGGCUUUCGAGCUGAUCUAUCCUGUGCUUUCGGAUUUCCGUAAAGUUUAAAAACGGCCUUUCGGCUCGAACCAGGAAUAUCACGCCGUCGCCAUUCUUCCACCUUUCACCGAUAUGUAUUAACAAAACCUUUUUUUUU